AUGGCCUACUCCCAGCUUGAAUUUUGGGAGCUUGUUUUGGCGACUAUUCCCCGGGAAGUGGCAGUGAGCCAAUGGGGCGCAGAGCCUUUGGUCAAAUGCUUCGUGGCUGUGGCGAAGCUUGAGACCGAGAUCUACCCAGUGUCUCUCCCUAAUUUCUUCCACGUUAUGGAACCGAUCGUCGUGAGAGAAAUCCCGGCAUGGAACCCUACCAUAGUCACCGCUCUGACGUGGGGCCUCUUAUGGCGGAAGCAAGCGUUGCGUGCUACCGUCACUGCAGUACUCCAAUUCGCUCAAGAUAAUAUGGCUACUUACGGCAAGGCUGAGGUGUACCGACUUGUACGGCUGAUGGCGUCCCUCGACGGCGAUACUGUCCGGGAGUGGUCACCUCUUAUAAAGAUGAUUAAUCGGCGAGUCGACCAGGAGCAUUAUGCGUAUUCAGAACACCAGUGCAAACUGGUGGAAGCAUUCUGCAACAGAUUUGGUGUGCAUGUUCGUAUCGAUGUCACUCAAAAAUAG